AUGGGUAGCCCAGUAUCAGCCGUCAUCGCCAACAUGUAUAUGGAAGCUUUUGAAAAUACUGCCAACAACUGCCCUCUGAAACUCAAGCCUAAGAUCUGGAAACAUUAUGUCGACGACACCUUCAUCACCGUCAACAAGCACAGCUCAAACGAUCUCAUGGACUUCAUGAACAGAAGGGAAACCACCAUCAGGUUUACCGCCAAACAUGAAUCAAACGGAUCGUUAGCCUUCCUAGACACUGAGGUACACAGGCAGAUAGACGGCACCCUCAAGACGACGGUCUACAGAAAACCCACUCGCAGUAUCUACGCUACGACUUUCACCACCCACAUGCUGUCAAAUGCCUCUACGACAGGGCAAAUAGAAUUGUCUCUCAACCAUCGGACUUUUCACCAGAACAGCGCCAUCUCCAGUCGGCACUAG